AACCCAACGGAAAAAGCAAAGAGAGAACGAUGUGCGGCGGCGCCAUCCUAGCGCAGCUGAUCCCGCCGUCGGCGGGCCGUGCCCCGAAGCAGGUGGCCGCCGGCGGGGUCGCGCCCAAGAAUGGCGGCAUGAGCAAGAGGCACCACAGCAGCACCCCCGAUGUCGACGACUUCGAGGCCGCCUUCGAGGACUUCGAGGACGACGUCGACCUGCAGGCGGAGGACGACGGCGACGACCAUGCCGUUUUUGCAUCCAAGCCCGCCUUCUCCACGGCCUACUAUGAUGGCCGCGCGGCGCAGGCGGCCAGCAGGAAGAAGAGCGUCCGCCGCCUCCACGGCAUCCGGCAGCGGCCGUGGGGCAAGUGGGCGGCGGAGAUCCGCGACCCGCACAAGGGCACCCGCGUCUGGCUCGGAACGUUCGACACGGCCGAUGACGCCGCCCGGGCCUACGACGUCGCCGCCCGCCGCCUCCGUGGCAUCAAGGCCAAGGUCAACUUCCCCGACGCGGCGAGGGCCGGGGCGCGCUCGCGCCGCGCCAGCCGGAGAACUGCGCAGAAACCGCAGUGCCCGCCUGUGCGGACGACGGCGUACUCUGCCACCGCAGCUGCACACGCACACGUAGUACAGGCGGAGCAGGACGCUAUGAUGAUCAAACCUGAGCUGAUGGAGUUUUUUGAUGCGGACGCGUUCGUCGACCUGACCGCCGCCGUCGCCGCGCUGCCGCCUGUCACUGGCGCGAAGAAGCCGAUGGUCGAUGAGGAUUCGUCGGAUCGGAGCGGCGGCUGCGCCAUGCUGGUGUUCGCCGACGAGCUUGGGUUCGAUCCGUUCACGCUGUUCCAGCUCCCCUGCUCGGACACCUACGAAUCCAUCGACAGCCUCUUCGCCGGGGACGCCGUCAUCCAGGAUGCCCUCGGCGUGGACACUGGCAUGGAGGGCGUCAGCCUCUGGAGCUUCGAGGAGUUCCCCAUGGACAGCGCCAUUUUUUGACGUGUCCGUGCGAUGCGCCCGAUCGGUUGUAAGAAUCUCCAUCUGGCAUCUUGUUCCAUGGUGCACAGAACCUUGCUGAGACCAGAUUCUGUUUCUUGGCCAAGAACGAAGGAAGGGCGCAGCCGAGCUAUUUUUUUUUAAAUAAUACACUUUUUUAUGAAUUUUCAAAAAUAU